GCUCCGCCUGUGAGGCCCGGGGGCUUCGGCUGAGGGACCCGAGCGUUCCUCUUAGCUGGCUAGCGAGCAUAUUGACUCAGCAGAGCCGUCAUGAGGGCCCCGCUUCGGGCCCAAACGCUGAACGACGGCGAGGAGAGCACGGACAGCACCCCGCUUCUGCAGGGCCCCCGGCAGGCCGAAGCCGCUCCAGUGUGCUGCUCUGCUCGUUACAAUUUAGCAAUUUUGGCCUUUUUUGGUUUCUUCGUUCUCUAUGCAUUACGUGUGAAUUUGAGUGUCGCAUUAGUGGAUAUGGUAGAUUCAAAUACAACCCUGGCAGAUAAUAGAACUUCCAAGGAGUGUGCAGAGCAUUCCGCCCCCGUAAAGGUCCCUCAUAGCCAAACGGGUAAAAAGUACCAGUGGGAUGCAGAAACUCAAGGCUGGAUCCUCGGGUCCUUUUUUUAUGGCUACAUUGUCACACAGAUUCCCGGGGGCUACCUGGCCAGCAGAGUCGGAGGGAAACUGCUGCUAGGACUGGGAAUCCUUGGCACCGCUGUCUUCACCCUGUUCACGCCCCUUGCUGCAGAUUUAGGAGUUGGAGCUCUCAUUGUGCUCAGAGCACUGGAAGGACUGGGAGAGGGUGUUACGUUUCCAGCUAUGCAUGCCAUGUGGUCUUCUUGGGCUCCCCCUCUUGAAAGAAGCAAGCUUCUAAGCAUUUCAUAUGCAGGAGCACAGCUUGGGACAGUAAUUUCUCUUCCUCUUUCUGGAAUAAUUUGCUACUAUAUGAAUUGGACUUAUGUCUUCUACUUUUUUGGUAUAGUUGGAAUUUUUUGGUUUAUUUUAUGGAUUUGGAUAGUUAGUGAUACUCCAGAAACUCACAAGACAAUCUCCAAUUAUGAAAAGGAAUACAUUCUUUCAUCAUUAAAAAAUCAGCUUUCUUCACAGAAGUCAGUGCCAUGGCUACCGAUACUAAAAUCACUGCCACUCUGGGCUAUUGUAGUUGCACAUUUUUCUUACAACUGGACUUUUUAUACUUUAUUGACAUUAUUGCCUACCUAUAUGAAGGAGAUCCUAAGGUUCAAUGUUCAAGAGAAUGGGUUCUUAUCUGCAGUACCUUAUUUUGGCUGUUGGUUAUGCAUGAUUCUGUCUGGUCAAGCUGCAGACACUUUAAGGGCAAAAUGGAAUUUUUCAACCAUAUGUGUUCGCAGAAUUUUUAGCCUUAUAGGAAUGAUUGGACCUGCAGCAUUCCUGGUAGCUGCUGGAUUCAUAGGCUGUGACUAUUCCUUGGCUGUUGCUUUCCUAACCAUAUCAACAACAUUGGGAGGCUUCUGUUCCUCUGGAUUUAGCAUCAAUCAUCUGGAUAUUGCUCCUUCGUAUGCUGGCGUCCUCCUCGGCAUCACAAAUACAUUUGCCACUAUUCCGGGAAUGAUUGGGCCCGUCAUUGCUAAAAGUCUGACCCCUAAUAACACCAUUAGAGAAUGGCAAAUUGUUUUCUGUAUCGCUGCUGCUAUUAAUGUAUUUGGUGCCAUUUUCUUUACACUGUUCGCCAAAGGUGAAGUGCAAAACUGGGCGCUCGAUAAUCACCAUGGACACGGACACUGAAGGAACCAAUAAAUAAUCCUGUCUGUAUUAAUGUAUGUUUGUUUAUCAUGUAACCAAAAGUGCCUUUGAUAUUUUAAUAAGUGAGCAUUCUAAAUACCAAAAAAUUAUACUUUUAUUAAGUGUUUAAGGCUUAUAAUCAUGAAAUGUCACUAGUUCCUAGAUUAGCAAAUUAGUGAUUAUAAUGAUUAAUAAUAUAUGUGCUGGACCUUAUACGUUAGGUUUACACACCUGGCUGCAAGUCAAGCAACAUGAAAUAAGGGACUUCUACAUAUUUUUAAGGGCCAUACAAAAGGGAAUGAGCUGAAAUGGACUCCUACCCCCCAAUACCUUUGCGUAAUUGAACUACAUAAUAAUCCUGUUUUUGCUGAGCACCUGUUUUCGUCCACUUUCUGUGUACAGAUUAUUUCAUAUCAGCUCCCCUGACACUUAGGUGUCAAACUUGCGCACCCAGGGAGCUGCCAGCCACUGCAUAAUCCACCCUGGCAACUGGGCUGAGGGAAGCUUGCCCGGGCAGCUGCCAGGCAUUCCCUCCCUGGAUUCAGGGCCCACAUGCCCAGCAUCCAUCAGAGGCACGCUCCAAACCCAGGGUCGGCGCCAAGUCUUAGAGUGGUGUCCUUCCUUCCUUCCAGGGCAGUUCACGUGCAGACAGAGCCCUGAGAAGGCAGGAGCAGUGAGAUCCACAGCUACGAUCUUGCUGUACCUCAGACUCUCCCUUCCCAACACACAGAAAUGUUGGCUUGGCGUAUAACCUUCAAAAGAAAACUGAUACCCGAUACGUCACAAAUAUCAUCUUUGCCUAAAACUGCUUUCACAUGGAGCAGAAUGUAAAUUUCCCAUUUCUGUGUUUUUGUUUUUUGUGGUUUUUUUUUUUUUUUUUUUAGUUAUGCUGGAAUUUUUUUAAAAUGUUUUACUCAAUUUUUUUUGUGAUGUCUUUAUGUAAGCUUCUGUUUGCAGUUUAAAUUUAAAGUGACUUUUAAAGGCCAUAUCACCCAAGACCACUGUAAUCAUCUUUAUCACUGGUGUCUGAAAUCAUGUUUUUCCAGGUUUUUUUCUGGACUGUCUUCUGGUGGUUUGUGAGCAUUUUUGGGAUUUAAAACUUGAUUUAUAUUGUGUUGUGUUUGUUCCACACUUCCUGUAACCUUUUAACUAAAACUGUUCAGUGUAACAUGAUGUGAAUACAUUUGUGUAAAUUUAUCUUCAAAUUUGUAAAUAGCUUUAAGUUGCUCUGGUGAUACUUCUUUUAUAAAUCAUCAAAAUAAACCU